GCGAGAUAGGCGCGCGGGCAGCGCAGGGCGGCGUUUUGGUGCGCUGGGAGUGGGGCGGGGGAGCAAAGGAGCGAGCAUUCGGCCGCGCGAGGUUCUGUGGGAUACAGGCGGUGCUCUGCUUCUCCGCCUCCUGCUGGGUGCGGAGCGGCUCCGCUGAAGCAAAGGAACAAGCGAAAGGCAGGGAGAAAAGGGACGAGACCCGACUAGGGCAUGAAGAUGGCGGACGCCAAGCAGAAACGGAAUGAGCAGCUGAAGCGCUGGAUCGGCUCCGAGACGGACCAGGAGCCGCCCGUGGUCAAGCGCAAGAAGACCAAGGUGAAGUUCGACGACAGCGCCGUCUUCCUGGCUGCCUGUUCGAGCGGCGACACCGAGGAAGUGCUGCGCCUGUUGGAGCGCGGCGCCGACAUCAACUACGCGAAUGUGGACGGCUUCGCGGCACUGCACCAGGCUUGCAUAGAUGAUAACAUAGAUAUGGUGAAAUUUCUUGUGGAAAAUGGAGCCAGCAUUAAUCAACCUGACAAUGAAGGCUGGAUACCUCUACAUGCGGCUGCUUCCUGUGGAUAUCUUGAUAUAGCAGAAUACCUGAUUAGUCAAGGAGCAUAUGUAGGAGCUGUAAACAGUGAAGGAAACACUCCAUUAGAUAUUGCUGAGGAAGAAGCAAUGGAAGAAUUGCUUCAAAAUGAAGUGAAUCGACAAGGGGUUGAUAUAGAGGCAGCUCGGAAAGAAGAAGAGCGAAUAAUGCUUAGGGAUGCUAGACAGUGGCUUAAUAGUGGUCAUAUAAAUGAUGUUCGGCAUGCAAAAUCUGGUGGUACAGCUCUUCAUGUAGCUGCUGCUAAAGGGUAUACGGAAGUCUUAAAGCUGUUAAUACAAGCUGGGUAUGAUGUAAAUAUUAAAGAUUAUGAUGGAUGGACACCACUUCAUGCAGCUGCUCAUUGGGGAAAAGAAGAAGCAUGUCGAAUACUAGUUGAAAACUUGUGUGACAUGGAAACUGUCAAUAAAGUGGGUCAAACAGCAUUUGAUGUAGCAGAUGAAGACAUAUUAGGCUAUUUAGAAGAGCUUCAAAAGAAACAAAACAUGCUUCAUAGUGAGAAGAAGGAGAAGAAAUCACCUUUAAUUGAAACAACAGCAAACAUGGACAAUAAUCAGUCUCAAAAAUCAUUUAAAAAUAAAGAUACUUUGAUCAUUGAGCAAGACAAGAAUCCAUCAAACAUUGAGUCCUUAGAACAAGAAAAGGGUGAUGAGGAGGAAGAAGGAAAAAAAGAUGAAUCCAGUUGCUCUAGUGAAGAAGAUGAGGAAGAAGAUUCAGAAUCUGAAGCAGAAACAGAAAAGAACAAAUCUACAGUCAAUAACUCAAGUACUACCAAUGUGCAAGCUUCUUCAAUUGUUGUAACAACACCAUCUGUUCCUACUGGUCAAGUAACACCUACAUCCCCUCUUAAAAAGUUUCCAACUUCAACUAAGAUUUCUCCCAAAGAAGAAGAACGAAAAGAUGAGUCUCCUGCUUCUUGGAGAUUGGGUCUUCGAAAGACUGGCAGUUAUGGGGCUCUGGCAGAAAUUACAGCUAGCAAAGAAACUCAGAAAGAAAAAGAUUCAACAGGUGUUAUACGUUCAGCUUCAAGCCCUAGAUUGUCAUCUUCAUUAGAUAACAAAGACAAGGAGAGAGAUACAAAAACAACCAGGCUUGCAUAUGUGGCACCUACAAUACCAAGACGGCUGGCCAGUACAUCAGAUAUUGAAGAGAAAGAGAAUAGGGAUUCUUCAGCCAGCAUAAUACGUGGUAGUGGUUCUUAUACUAGAAGAAAAUGGGAAGAAGAUGCAAAGAAAAAUAUCUCAAAUGAAGGUACCACAUCACUAAAUUCAAGCUAUCAGAAAAGCAGUUCCUUUGGUAGAAGACAAGAUGACUUGAUUAAUACUAGUGUUCCAAAUACUACAUCUAUAUCAACUGUUACCUCUCUCACUGGUCUUCAGAAAAAUCUGCUUUCUAGUACAAGCACUGCUGCAAAGGCCACAACAGGUUCAGCAACAUCAGCCAUGCAAAGCAGUACCUCAAAUCGUUUAUGGGCUGACGAUAGCACUGAGAAAGAAAAAGACCAUGUUUCUACAGCACUGACUGUUCCUGUUGCACCCUCAAUUGUAAAUACUGGGGUUACUACUACUGCCUUGACUACAACUACUACUGGUACUGUGUCAUCUUCAGAAGUCAGGGAGAGACGCAGGUCAUACCUCACUCCAGUUCGGGAUGAAGAAUCAGAAUCCCAAAGAAAAGCUAGAUCAAGACAAGCUAGGCAAUCCAGAAGAUCCACACAGGGUGUUACAUUAACUGAUCUCCAGGAAGCUGAAAAAACAAUUGGUAGAAAUCGUCCUACACGAACUAGAGAACAAGAAAAUGAAGAAAAAGAAAAAGAAGAAAAAGAAAAACAAGACAAAGAAAAACAGGAGGAAAAGAAAGAAUCUGAAACUAAAGAUGAUGAUUACAGGCAAAGAUAUGCACGAACAUUAGAGGAGCCAUAUCAUCGUUAUAGAACUACAUCUUCAACUGCUUCAUCAACUUCUUCACUAGCUACUUCUUCUAAUUCUUCAAGUCAAUUGAAUAGACCAAAUAGCAUUAUAGGUAUAACUUCUGCUUACUCAAGAAGUACAGCAAAAGAAAAUGAGAGAGAAACAGACAAGAAGGAAGAAGAAAAGGAAGAAGAUAAAUCACAAACAAAAUCAAUAAGAGAAAGACGGCGGCCAAGAGAAAAACGAAGAUCAACAGGAGUUUCUUUUUGGACUCAAGAUAGUGAUGAAAACGAACAAGAACAUUUGUCUGAUUCAGAAGAGGGAACAAAUAAAAAAGAAGCACAGAGCGACAGCCAUUCAAGAUAUGAUACAGGGUCAUCUGGAGAUCGCUAUGAUUCAGUACUAGGACGGACCGGUUAUAGUUACUUGGAAGAUCGCAAAUUAUACACCAGUAAACUAGAAAAAGAAGAUACAGCUGACUUUAAAAAGCUUUAUGAACAGAUUAUAGCUGAAAAUGAAAAACUGAAAGCACAGUUGCAUGAUACAAAUAUGGAAUUAACGGACCUUAAGCUGCAAUUGGAAAAGGCAACCCAGAGACAGGAAAGAUUUGCUGAUAGAUCUCUGCUAGAAAUGGAAAAAAGGGAACGAAGAGCUCUAGAAAGGCGAAUAUCUGAAAUGGAAGAAGAACUCAAGAUGCUACCAGAUCUGAAGGCUGAUAACCAGAGGCUAAAGGAUGAAAACGGGGCCUUGAUCAGAGUGAUCAGCAAGCUUUCCAAAUAGAAUUUGUUUAUUCUCAUCAGAGAAUCAUGGGAUUGCACAUAAUUAGUAACUCCAGUGGACCAUAGCAUGGAAGUCACUGGAUGCCUGGGAAGAUUUCUUGGAAACUGUUGUUUUCAGAUAUUCUGCCAAAAGCCCUUUUACCUGGGUGUGUUUUUUUUAAAACCAGGAUCAUAUUUUCAUGUGUUAAAGCAGCUGCUGAGAAGACAAAAUGACUGAAAAAUCUUGUUUACAGCUACUGCAUAUAAGGAAAGUGUUCAAGGCCUGAUAAGCCUCAGAUAUUUAACCAGUAAGCCUUAGUUGUACAUAAACAUGUUUAAAAAAAGCUUUCUGCUAUCACAGUUACUUUAUUUUGUUGUUUCAUCACUGUUUCUGGUUUUUCUCCCUUAUUUUGAUUUUUUUUAAAAAAAAUAUCUAAGUUUGGAUUUGUGUGUUCCCUUCUAAUUAUUCAUGUACCAGAUUUUUUCUUUGUACAGUAUUCUCACAGCUUUAUAUAUACAGAGACACACAUUCUUUAGAAAUACUACAGUGUAACUAACUAAUCCUGUAUUUUUCAGUCAUCCACCCCAAAACCAGAGCGGUUUCAAGGAACCUUGCUUUCACAGUUGUGCAAUAUGCAUUUAUUUCUAUGAAAGCUGCUUUAAAAAGUCAACUGAAAAUAGAUUAUUUGAAAUUUUUUGUCUCUAGCCUCAAUUGGUCACUUUUUUAAAAGAAAAGAAAAUGGACUGUAGUGCAAAACAUUAGAUUCUGUAACCUUCACAUUAAUUUUAGUAGGUACUGAGUGAUGCUGUAUAUAUUAAUAUAUAUUGUUUGGAUUUUUCAGACACACAAAAUAUGCUUGAAUAAAAAUUCUCUGUUUGCAAAUACAGUAAAUUAGGCUACCCCAAAUUAAGUGAAUAUAUAUUCAUUUUUUUAUGAUUUAAAGUUUAGAAAAAUGAGUUAUGGAGCCACUCUUCAAAAAUAUGUCUAAUUAUAAAAAAGCCUUUUCCUUCCCAAUUUUCAUUUGAAUAGUGUUCACUUUAAUAAAACUUAAAUAGAACAUAUUCAUUACAUUUCACAUAUCUUUAUUUGAGUACAUCCAAACCUGUUGUGCUAGUCAAAGUAAACUUCAAAGGCAUUUGAAAGCUCAGCCUUUUAUUUUAUACUUGCACUGCUGUUGCCAUGUGAAGAGGACCUCGGUUUAAACCAUCAUCAAAUUAGAUCAUUUUAUACAUUUCAGUGGCCUUCUAAAAAGUAUUCCAAUGAAGAUAGCUUUUGUUAGAAAAGAAACAGCUUUUAUAUGUUCUCUAAAACUAUUAAAUACAGCUGUCUUAUUGGCCUACAGACUAAUGCCUAAAAAUCACUGAACAGUUCAACCGCUAAAAUAAAUUGUACAUUGUAAAGCUUACAGUAGCUAUUGUAUUAUUGAUUGUAUACUAUAUUAAAUGUGAAUUUGUACCCCUUCAUUUUAAAAGGUCAUUGUGUUCUACUGCCUACUUCUUGGGGAACUAUUUCAUUUUGGGGUGGAAAGAAGAAGGAUCGGGUUGACCUAAGUUCCCUUUGUGGGCUGGGCAGAUGUGAGAAUGGGAAGAGGUUUUUUUUUUGAAGAUGUUGUAACAUUUUGCUCUUACUACCAAGCUCAGGAUUCUUGAUUCUAAGGUACAGUACGAGGAUAGUUCUGGGGUAUCUUGUUACAGGUUAGAUCUUUAUAACUUUAAAGAUGGACAUGGUCUUUCAUGCUCUUAAGCUAAUAAACAAACCAAGCAGAGAAUUGUUCUAUCUGAGUAACUGCAACAUGCUGAGAAAUGUUGUGGAUUGGUUGGGCAUACUGUGGAUUAUAUUUGGUAAUGUUUUGGAUGCCUGUGAAUGAUUAAAUAUGUCUCUAAUAUUUUAGUGUUUUUAUAUAUAGGUUAUUUAUUCUUUCAAAACUGGCUACUGUGUUGCAUUGAUUUUAUUGGUAGUAUUGAGCAGACCUUGCAUCUGCAUGAAACUUUGCAAAACCCACUAUUUUGCAAAAAAAAAUGUAUUUUGACAUAUACAAAUAAAA